AUGAAUUAUAAGAACAGAACUCUUGUAACUGAGUUUACACUUGAUGGCUUAACAGAAACUUCUGACCUGAAAUCCGCUCUGUUUGUCGUGUUCUUCAUCAUUUACUCUUUGACUCUGGUUCAGAACUCAGUGUUGAUAGCGCUCAUCAGUUGUGAUGCACAACUUUAUACUCCUAUGUAUUUUUUUUUGCGCCAGUUAUCAUUUAUUGAUAUUUGUUAUUCUUCCUCUGUCACGGUCAGGAUGUUAAUGGACUUUGUAUCAGAUAAAAGGUCAAUUUCAGUAGCUGGAUGUAGCCUACAAAUGCUUUCUUAUGCAGGGUUUGGGGGAAGUGAAUGUCUUCUUCUGGCAGCAAUGUCCUAUGACCGAUAUGUGGCAAUCUGCCAUCCAUUGACAUAUUUACAAAUAAUUAAAAGGCAAACAGUGAUAAUCCUUCUUUUACUGUCCUACAUUGUAGGUUUCUUUAAUGGCUUUGUUCAGACUGGCUUCUCGUUUUUCCACUUGGACUUUUGCGAAAAUCCUCAAGCCGUUUACCACUUUUACUGUGAUGUCAUAGCACUUAUAGAGAUAUCAUGUGGCGACACGCGGCUUAAUGAAAUGAUACUAUUUUCUUUAGUAGGCUUCAUUGAGCUUUCAUCUCUCUUAGUAAUCUUGGUAUCUUACGUAUGUAUAAUUAUAGCUGUUCUGAAAAUACGUUCCUCUAAAGGACGGGAAAAGGCUUUUUCAACUUGUGCUUCUCAUUUAACUGUUGUAACUCUAUUUUAUGGAACUAUUAUUUUUAUGUAUCUGAGACCUUCCAGCGCUUAUAGCCCACAACAAGAUAAGGUUAUUGCUGUGUUUUACACAGUAAUUAUUCCCUUCCUCAACCCUUUAAUAUACAGCCUGAGGAAUCGUGAGGUAAAAAAUGCUGCCAGAAAGAUCAGGAUUUGUAUUGAGCACAAAUAA